AUUCACUGGUGGUCCACUCGAUUACGCUGGUUACUGACACGGUAAUGUCGGAACUUGGAAGGUACUAUUUUUCUUUUUUCCUGUUUCGUUUAAGAAAAUGUACAUGCUUGCGAACAUCUUAACCGUUUUUCGUGUAACUUAAGUGAGGCUAUUAAUUGACGAUUCUGUUUUGCCUACAACGCGUGGAAUAAGGAAAAAAGAAAAAUCGUACCUUCGAGGUUCCAACAUUUUGUUACCGAAACGGUUCGUUUGAAAGGGACACGGUAAAAUGUGGAUAUGGCAUACUUAAAUGGAACUCAUUAACAUAAAGUUGUGUUUCCUUAAAGUAAAAAUAUAAGACAUCAAAUAUAUAAUCCAGAAUGUUUAGGUUCAUUAGGGAUGCGUCUGAGUUCUGUAUAAUGUUCUUGAUCCGGUCCCUGAUACAUUUGUUAAUGGAUAACAAAAGUUGUAACUAUUACUAGACUUAGAUAGAUGACCUGAGAAACUAUUCAGACGAAAACCUUUUUAGUGAAACAAGAGAAUAUAAGAAUAACAUCAACGUUAUAUAUUCUGACCAUGCUGACUGGAAGGAGAUUCAAGAUUAAAGUAAUGGGUGCAAUAAUCAUAAUAUCAUUAGUCUUAUUUGCGUUUGUUUCAUAUACAAAGAACAUUUCAGGAGAUGUUAAGAAGCAACCUGAUCUUAAACUCGAUAAAGAUAAUAGGUGCCGUCAACUAUGCACAGGGAAAUAUGACACCGCAAAAGGCUAUCCAUCCAUUGCUAAUUCAGGACUAUAUCGGGAUUACUUAUGCCCGACCAUGUUUCGAGAUAUGGCAGACUAUGUUUAUGCAUGGCCAUACCGUCAUUUUGAUGAAAUUAUCAAUACACCAAAUGUGAGAAAAGUUCUGGAUUGCCUUCCUCCGAUUCCAAUAUUAUACUCUAAAGGCGAUCCAAAAAUUGUAAAGAGUUUUAUCAAACAACUAGGAAACCAUCUUAAACCUGGGUUUAUUCUUCUAACUGGACAAACUGAUUACGAAAGUCCAGGUAAUAAUACAAGAUCACUAGAUAAUUCUAUGAUAUUAAGAUGGUACGGAUCAAACCCUGGUAUAACUCAUCAAAAGUUCCAACCAAUACCCCUUGGUUUAAACUGUUAUGAGCACGGCAAGGGGAUGCAGCAUUAUUAUAACAAAUACGGAGACAAUAUCAUUGAAAAAAUACAAAAUAACAGAAAACGCAUGGAAAAUGGAGAUAUCCAAAAACUAGCCGUGAUUAAUUUCGGCGAUACUCAUCCGGUUCGACAGACAGUUAAGACCCAACUGUGUACUAAAGCAGCACGUCCUUAUAUAGAAUGCCAGAAUAAAUUGUGGGCGAACGAGAUUAAGGGAACUGAAAAGUUAACUCUGCUUUAUGAAUAUCUGUCCAAGUAUCCAUUUUGGGUAGCACCCAGGGGCAAUGGGCUUGACACCCACAGGAUCUGGGAGGCCUUAUAUGUUGGCUCUAUACCUAUUGUACAAAGGUCCCGACUGGAUCCAUUGUUUAAAGACUUACCUGUACUUUUAAUCGACAACUAUGGAGAUCUUACAGAAAAACUACUCAAAGAAACAUUAAUCAAGUUUUCAGAUAUGGAUAUUGAUACGAAGACACUACACAGAAACUACUGGUGGAAUGAAAUAGAAAAAUUCAGAACAGAAAUGCUUAGUAAAUUUAAUCUUGUAGAAUCUUAUAGGUCAAGAUGUUGGGCAACCAAUUGGUAAAGAGAGGUGAAUGAAAAACUGAGUGGAAUCGAAAAUAAUCACUUUUUUGUAAUAAAAAUUCUCUUAAACCAGUUCGAGAAGUGUUCGGAAUAGACCAUUCUGAUACUCAUAGCAUCUUUCUGUUUAACAUGAUACAUGAUCCCAGGUCGAGGAUGAGAUGCCAUGGUUUAUCACGAUGGAAAUAGACAGGUUUUACUUGACAUGCAUUUAUUUCAGAUUAUGGCAACAAUUCUAUUAAAUUAUAUAUAAUACAGUUCUCCAC